ACGGAUGGCAGAACAUUUCCGAAAUUCUGUGGAGUUCGGACUCAUCUGUUUAAUUCAGAAUUUUGAACGUAUUGGUAGCGUCCAAGCACUGCUGUUGAUUUGCGGAGUGGCGUGAAACGUGAGCUGAUUGUGCUUCCGGAAUGACGAAAGCAGAUGACGUAGCCCUUUGAUUGGAUAUCACGCUUGUGGAGUAGUCGACGAAGAUGUUCAUCAGGGGAUCGCUUCGCUGAGGCCGUAACUACGGCUUUUUGAAUUUUUGAGUUCUUGGGCGACCGCAGGGAACCGGACUCCGUCCCCGCAGAAAUGGGCAAGAGUGGUAUCUGCACAAUGUGCAUGAGUUCUAAAACUUUGGUUGUUGAUGCGAAGAAACAUCGGCUGAUCCAUGCAGACCAAACAGUUCAUGAACGAGUUUCCCUCUGGAUUCUCGCGAAGCAACCUAUGGGGUUCAGGACAAUUUUCAACGUGGACAAGAAGCCCUGUCAAGUGUGUCGGGAAUGUUUGGAUAUAACCGUGAAACUCGACGAAGGCGAGAAGCAGUUGGAAAUGCUCUUCAACCAACUUUUCGCACGUCUUUCUAACUCGGAUGAUUCCAUGAGUUGUGAAGUUAAAUCGGAAUCUGUGGAGCCCAUGAUGCCAACACCAGUAGCUCAGAUUAAAACGUGUGGCUCUAUUGAUGAAAAUCGAAUGCCCACCGAAUUUGCCAAGAGCAGCAUUCGGAAAAACCGCGGAAAUAGAAUGAAUAGUGUGAUGAAAGAAAUUCUUCCGCCGUCGAAAGUUGAAAAAAGGUCUUCACAAAUGGUUACCUCUGCCUUGAGGUCAAAUGGACAGAUUGAUACGAGCCCUGACGCAACUCCGGCAAAAAGAACCACAAUUCCUAAUUCAUCGGACGUCAAGAAAAGAAUUUUUGUUGGUGAGAAUUCUGCUGAGAAAGAAACAGUUUUGCGAACUUCCUCUGCAAAAAAGCGUCUCCGGUUGGAAAGUUCCAAUGAAGUGAAUGCGGUGGGUCAUCAGGCGGAGAAGGACGCAUCCUGCUUUGUCGGUUUGGACGCGUGGGCUCUCCUAACCUGUCGGGUAUGUAACGACGAGUUGGAGUCUUCGGAAAGUUUAGAAGAGCACUUCAAGAUGCAUCAUGCGGAGAAAUGCCCGUAUGUGUGCCAUUUCUGCCUUGCCCAAUUUCAACGUCAUGACGAGUUCAAGUUGCACGUGCUGUAUGAAGAGCUUCAGAAAUCAUUAGACGAAAAUUUCCGAUGUUCAGUGUGCCAGAAGGACUGCCUCUUACCCACUUUCUUGAGCAAACACUGGAAACACAGUCAUCGGAACUGCAAGGAAAUCCGACAAGUUCCUUUUCAUUGCGAAGAGUGCGAUCUGAGAUUUUUAUCCUACGAAGAUUUUGUGUGGCAUCGGCGUUCAGACCUCGAAGCUCACAGCAAAGUAGACGGAUGUCGUAGGGAGUUUCACUGUUACGAGUGCCGGUAUGAUGGGAAAUCAGAGCGAGGCCUGCUCAUGCAUGUUGUUCGUCACCACGAAAAGGACAGCCCUUUCCAGUGUCCGCGGUGCAAUUUGAAAUUGAAGAAUGCCGGUGACUUCUUGAAGCACUUGAUCGAAACCGAGUUUUCCAAGGAGUCGCUCUGUGAAACUUGUGGAUUACGGUUCUCCUCUGCAAAAUGUUCUUUCGAGCAUGCGAAAAAUAUCCAUGGUGAUGAUGGACUUGGCUCGUGUGAUGUUUGCGGUGAUGUCAUGUUCUCUAAGGCGAUGGUGGAUGAGCAUGCCACGAAUCACUGGAUGUUGAAGUGUCCGUAUUGUGAGCGAAAGUAUCGAGCAAAUGCUGUGCACGAUUUCAGCGCUCACGUUGUUCUCCACAAGUCGGAUUAUUUUGAUGAAAACUCCGUGUGCUUCCUCUGUGAUACGGAUCGGCAGAACAGGAAGGCUCUUUCCGACCACAUUCGUUCAGUACAUGGGAAAAAGUAUCCCUUCAACUGUCCCAAGUGCAAUGAGAAUCAUGCGACCGAGCUGCUUUACAACGAUCACAUAGCAUGGCACAAAACGAAUGCGAUGCCUUUUGUUUCAUCGUGCCCGUCAAUAAGCCGAUCUGUAAUUCUAAGCCCAUCUCCCUUGAAGUCAGUUCGUGAGCGAUCGCAAAGUGAACAGUCGACCCCCCUCUCACCUGCAGGCGGAAAGCGACGAAUUUCAAACAGAACCCGUCUCCAGCGCAACGUGAAACCGAGAUCUAUGUUACGUUGUGAUUUGUGUGACUACAAAGCGGGGGAUGCCGAAGUUCUCAGGUAUCACGAAUACCUCAAGCACGGUGUUCUGGAUAAAACGAAGUUUUAUAAACAAUGCAACGUUUGCAAGAAAGAGUUCGUUAUUUCCUCUAUGUACGAGAAGCACUUAUCUGUGAAGCAUGGAAUCAAAUCUCAGGUGGAAGAAGGUCGUACGUCAUUGAUCAAGAAAAAGGAUCUUGCUUAUCUUGAACUGGAUGCUGAAGAGGGAAAAGAUUUUUCCGAUGGAAUGGAAGGGUCAUUCUGCGAUCGUCGCCAAAGUCAUUUCAAAAACGAGCUUCAAGAAGAAAACGAGAAAAAUGGCAUAUAUAGAGAAGAAACGUUGAAUGUCGGGAUCGGGAAUGACGAUCACUACGCGAAGCUAGAAAAUUCAACGUGGAAAAGCUCGUGAGAAAAUUCGAAGCAAGAUCUGUGUGUGAGAAGUACAUUUUGCGCCGUCAUGGUUCAAAAUGAGCCAUACUCGUGGGGAUUUUCGUUCGGGCACUUGUACGCGGUUACUUUUUUUGACAAGUCCAGGUGAUUUUGCGCAGUGUGUUGCGUAAAUUUACGCGAGCUUGGACGUAUGGGCAAUUUUUGAAUAAGAGAUCACUCAUUUUCAUUUUUUGGAGUUUUUUACGGCAAUUAAACCAGACGGAAGACGUUAUUCGAGAAUGGUCCAGUUUUCGUGGUAAAAUAAGUGAGUGGUGAAAAUUUAACUUUUUCUUGAACGGAACGGUUUUUCCAAUGCAUCGAAUUUCAAUUUGGAGUGAGAGAAAAUUGGAGUUCAAGAAGGGAUGAUCUUCUGGAAAACAAGAAUAAAUACCGUAUCUUAUGUUCGACGAAUUCUCAUUGUGACUAAAAAUUAGUUGAUAAUAAAUGCACGCUUCUCAGCAGAAAUUUUUGAAGAUGGUGAACAGCGUAAAAUAGUGAAUACUUCUUGGUCACAUGGACUAUUGUAUGAUGAAUCAUGUAACAUCUCUGGUUAAAACUCGUUUUUAUCCUGAUGUUAUUUAUUUAUUUUUCUUGGCGAUAUUUUUGUCACGAAGUCCUGUUUUUCAGUAGUUUUCGAAGCAUCCCAAGUCCGAAAUCCGCCUUUUCUGUGCUACAUCUGUGUCCUGAGAGAGAGUUCUGAUCUAACGUUUGCGACAAUUUAUGCAUUCUGCGGGAGAUUGCUGCGAAGGUCCCGCAGAAAUUCGCGAUGCCUGCAAAAAUGAUUUAAAUUUAAUUAUGCGAAAUGAAGAAACUUGACCGCAGAAGUAGUGUCGAAUUGAACGUGUGCUGGACAAAAACCAAUUUUCUAGGUCUGAUGUUUAUUAUAUAUUAUUUGGUGAUACUGUAUCCGAUUCUUCUUUUCGUUGAAUCGGAUUGAGUCAAUGCGUGUCAAGUUCCGGUUACGGGCGAAGCUGUGCUGCUGGGUUGCUUUUUUGAGCUUAAUUGGAAUGCUGUUGUUCGAAGUUCAGGUUCAUUUUUUUUCUCUUGCGGUCGAAUUGUUUUUCUCUUGUCGGCGAAUUUUUUACCGAACUGAAUGUAAUGAUUUCGUUUUGUUAAUUAUGAAGAAAACGUUCCGUUUGUUUUGCGAAUUUUUUCAAGAAGAAAAAGUAUUUGCUGCCUCUCCUUUGAUUUUGAGUUCAGAAAGUGAUGAUAGUUCAUCACGAGAUUCGCAGGUGGUCUGAGGAUUUCAAUCAGUUAAAACGAGGGGUUUCUCAGAAUGCUCGUAAGUGGCUUUGAAACUUGGGUUCAACCUCAUCAGAUGUGGAAGAAAAUCUGUUCGAUUAUCUUUAAUCGCUUAUUCGAAAGAAAAAAAAAUUAAUUAACCCGCGAACUGAUGGAAGGUGAUGAAAAGUUAACUUCUGGAAGUGGCUUGCAUCUUGGGACACUGAGUAGCUUGUAAGGUAUAUCAUUCCUAAGUCCUUUUCAAGUCAACGGUGUGCCGCUACGAAGCCCUGAAUCUGUCGAUUGUUUUCAAAAUCUCCUAAUUUGGCAGCUGUUGAAGUGAUCGGCGAAAAAGCUUGAGCCAUCGCGGAGCAAGGCUUCGGGAUGGAUCUAUUGCCGAAGAAUGAGCGCCUUUUUGUUUCCUUGACAGUCUAAAAUGUUUUUGAUCAGUCAACAUUUUAGAAAUUCCUGGGUGCCUUUAAUUUGUUGCUGACAGAAGGUCGGAUAUUUUUCAGCGAUCAUUGACUGAAUCUUGCUCAACCGUGUUCUUUUUGUUCAUUAUGAAUUUUAGGCCAUUUAUCGCUCUUGAGAAACCCCUCAUACCUGAAAAUCUCCUUUUUACUGAGAGUUUAUCCCUGAGUAUAAUGUCUGAAAUAAUUCAAUUCCAUGUCAUUCUUCGUAGUCCGGUCUUCUAUUUUCAGGGAGAAUGUUUCGACAGCGGUUGAAAACUUCGAUCAAGCUUUUAAUUAACGUUUUGAAUUCGCGCGUUUGCAUUAAUAUUUAUUUUUCACGAUUUUUUUCAUAUUUGCAUUGUUUAAACUUGUUUUUCACUUGAGGAAA